AAGCCAAAGCUUCGCAUCUGGCUCCAAACUCAACACUUCACCCCCAAAAAUCUGUGCUAGCCGCAAACGCCGUUCAGUUUUUAACCGACUUUCGUGCAAUACCCACGCGUCACGCUUACGGCCAUACGGUUCCUCACUCCGAUUUUCCGUUUUCCACAGCGAAGGCGGCGCGUAUACAUACACAAACAAACAAAAGCAACAAACAGCGGCGAAUUUACCAGGUGUGUGGAAUUAUGUGUUAGAGCAAAACAAACGCGAAAUACGGAACUACGCGAGACACAGAAGAGAUCUCGCAGACAUUUUUUGGCCGUAUUGAAACCAAAUUCAAAAUCAAUAUUAAAAAAACCCCCACCUCCCCCGCGAGUGUGUGAGUGAGAUAGAUAGAUACGAACGCAUCUCAACGCGCAGCAUCCGUAGGCGAAAAUUGCAGCAGCAGCAGAAAAGCCGGAGUAGUGCAUCCCGUAGUGCCACUGGAAACUGGAACGAACCGUGAGAUAUUCCAAGAUACUUUCCAAGUCCAAAUCCCUCCGAGGUUGCUGCUUGAACGUUGCGGGGCUGUGCACAUUCACACACACACCCACCAUACCAAGUACAUCAAAUAGAGACUAAAAGAACAAUCGAGGGGCAGCAUAAUGGUGGAGUUCCGCUUCGAUAUCAAGCCGCUGUUUCCGCAGCCAAUUAUCAAGGUGGCAUCGAACCUCCUGCCGCACACCUUUCGUGGCGAUCGGCGUCAGUCCUUAGAUGCCACCACCAAGAUGUCGGAGAUCAUCGACCGGCUGGGCCAGCUGUCGGCCACCUCGCAGGGUCUCAGCAAGCCGGUGACCACGGCCCAGCGCCUCAGGAUGUCCGACAACCAGACCAUCUAUCUGCUGGCGGAUAGUGAGGCGGGUCAUAAUGGCGCUGUCACUGGUUUGCUGAAGGUGGGCACCAAGGAUCUCUACUUAUUUGAUGAAUCCGGACAGACUCGCAAGGUGGAGCAGGCUCCAUCCAUUCUGGACUUUUAUAUCCACGAGUCGCGUCAACGCGCCGGCUUGGGAAAGCGUCUCUUCCAGACGAUGCUGAACGAGGAGCAGUGGACGCCACUCAAGUGCUCCGUUGAUCGUCCAUCCGAAAAGCUACUGGGUUUCCUGAGCAAACAUUACGGCUUACAGCGAAUCAUUCCGCAGGCGAACAAUUUCGUACUCUACGAGGGAUUCUUCAACGAUGCAGCCCCUGCGAAUGGACAUGGUAACGCCCAUGGAAACGCCCAGUCGCCGCAGCGCACCCAGAAUGGCCUGCACAUUACAAACAGUCCUAACACACAGCUAUUUGGUGCUACUUACCUGGGCGAGGAUUCUAACCGGCGGCGUGGUUCCCAGCAGCAAUCAACACCGAAUGCGCUGCUCCAGCAGAUAACACAGAUCUCUCCGUCCGGACGAUAUGGGGCCCGACGCCCCACCUGCAGCAUGGCCGAGAUAAUUCAUGCUGGCAACUCGAAGGGCGGAAAAGGCAAUGGCAGUGCAGAAUCGAACAGCGGCAAUGGUAACCACGAUCUGGCAGAGAUUGCCGACCAACUGCAGCGACAGAGUUUGGCCGACUUGGAGGCCAACAGCUAUGAGCCGGAACUGGAAGUUGAGCCGGAGGUCGAACCAGAACCCGAACCGGAGGUGAUUACUCCCCCGUCGCCGCCGCCCAAGAGCCACACUCCAACUCCUCCAUCCGUGCGAUCGCCCGAGGUGGUCGAGAGCAUUGUGGGCGACAACCGGAGACCUCCGGCUUUCCAGCUGAGCAAGCAGCACACGGGCAUGAAGAAUCGCUCGUUUGGCGUCGGCAUGGCCGUAAUGCCCAGCAGCAAGAUGGAGUUCGACCAGAUGGAGCGCGAGGAUUUCGGCGUGGUCAAGAUCAACCGUCCACCCGGCCAUGAUGUCACCUCGCCGGGCCAGAACAACACGGAUGCCAUGUCCAACGCGUCCUCCGGCGGCGGCCUCACCGAUCAGGGCUAUUACGAUCUCAAGUUCUAUCACAAUAAGUUGUGGUAAAGGCCACAAACCGUAAAAACAAACACCAGCAUCUUUUGUACGUGUGGCAUAAGCAUAAUUAACAAAAUUAAUCUAGAGACUAAGAAUGUAUUAUCUAAUCAAAAUAUCACACACCAAACGGUUCCUGUACUUCAGUUCGAUGAUUUUGUUGUGAGCUUCUUCUCAGACUUUUGUUGAUCCGUUCAUUUGUUACAAGCCACGCACUCCGAAGAGCAUACGUAAUCUAGAGACUCACGAUUUAAUGUUAACAAUAGCAAAUUGAAAUGUACGUAGAGUAAUUGCUAGAGAUAAUUUUCACAAUAUAUUUUACUUGAUUUACUAAUAAUCUUGCUUUGUACCGUGGAAUCCCAACAGCCCCUUAAUGUAAUCCAACACGUGUGUAUCUUCCAAUUACAGAAAACGCGAAUAUUUCGAACAAAUCUAUGGCGAGUACAUGCUAUAGGGACAGCGCCAGUUGGCCAGUACCCAUCUUCAUAACUAUACUCAACAAUUCUCAAACAUUGUCUAACAUUUAGUUGAUAGAACACAACCCCCAACAAAUGCAAAUUGAGUAAAGAUGAUGAUAAUAUACAAAUAAAGCACACAAUUUUGUCGA